UCAGGAAUCAGAAUUAACUGGACAUCUCUCUUAUCAGUUCUAAACUAGGAGUACAGAAUUUUCUAGUUCUGUAGAAGGCUUUUAUCCACAAGAACCAGGAUCUUCCUUCUUGAUCAGGAAUCCUGUGUGAGUUGAGUUUGGAGUCCCCGCAGUCGACAUACAAUUGUCAUCAUAGGAUGGGAUUGAUCCGUGAUCGGAGGUGUCAACAGGGCUUGGAGAUGAGUGAAUGCCACAAUUAUAACUUUGGACUGAGAAAGCAUGAUACUUCUAAAAAAUGUCAAAAGCAAAGAUCUACACUAAUAGCAUGCACAUAUAGACAAAAAUCAUCUCCAUUUUUUCUGGGUCGUUUCAUUGCCAUUGGGAUGGCGAUACGUUUCAUUGUUAUGGUGGCCAUAUGGACUGUCGUAUUUGUACACUCAUUUCUCAACCAAGAAGCUCCAAUUCUGCCAAAUGAAGGCUACUGUGGCCCAUGCCCUAAAAAUUGGUUAUGUUAUAGAAACACCUGCUACCAAUUUUUUAAUGAGAGCAAAAACUGGUACCAGAGUCAAGCUUCUUGUAUGUCUCAAAAUUCCAGCCUUCUGAAGAUAUACAGUAGAGUGGAACAGGAUUUCUUCAAAUUGGUGAAGUCAUAUCAUUGGAUGGGACUAAUACACAUUCCAACAAAUGGAUCCUGGCAGUGGGAGGAUGGCUCCAUCCUCUUGCCCAACCAACUAACAGUGGUGGAAAUGCAGAAUGGAACCUGCGUUGUCUAUGGCUCAAGCUUUAAAGGCUACACAGAAAAUUGUUCAGCCCUGAACACAUACAUCUGCAUGCAGAGGAUUGGGUAGACUCAAUCAACCAUCUCAACACAAAACAGGACUAGAGAAGGGAUUGCAUGGGCAGGAACAAUGCCAUCUAGUUGAAGGAAACAAACAAUGGGACAAACACAGGAAGAACACAGACCCUCUAGGAUCUCCAGGACAAGGAUUUCUAGGACAAGACUUCAGAACUAUUCUGCAGCUGUAAAUAUCCUGUAUUCUGCAAGACAAAGAAAGGCAAUUCAGAAAUCAUCAAGUCUGCCUCUACUAUGCUGCAGACUGCACAGGAUGGAGCUGGGCUUAGCCUCCAUUAAAAAGAAUGGAACCAAUCCAGGAAGUGGUGAGGCAAAGGUAGCCCUAUAAAUCUGUGGUGGUGCAGCCCCACCACCACAGGAGACUGACACAUGGGUGGAGCCUCAGCAGAGAGCCAUCGGAUAGGCAGUGCUAUGCCCAGCUGUGGGGGAGAUGUUGCCAUCCUAGUCAGUCAAGAAGGCAGGACUGCUGCUCCACUGGUCCUGGAGGGCAGAGCAGAAAGCCAAAAAAAUUAUUUUUAGAACUUAAGAUCUCAUGGAAUUUGCCUAGCUAGGCUUACUUGGAGCCCAUUAUCCUUUCUUCUUCCACAUUUUCCCCUUUUGGGAUGGCAAAGUCUAUCCAGUGCCAGUCCAACCCUUGCACUUAGAAAGCACAUAAUUUGUUGUAUUUCACAAGUUCACAGUUGGGACAGGCAACAUUUGGAUAACUAUUAAAUAUUUAGAUAAUAUUUAGAUGAGACUUUAGGCUUUAGAUUUUAGAGUUGGUGCUGGAAGGAGUAAAGACUUUUCGGGUUGUUGGAAUGGAAUGAGUGUAUUCUGCCUGUGAGAAGGAUUUCAGGGGCCAAGGGUAGACUGAAUGUUUGUGUACCUCUGAACUUCAUAUUUGAAAUCCUAACCCCCCAAAUUGUAAUAGAAGGUAGGACUUUGGAAGGUAAUUUGAGUCAUAAGGGUUAAGCCCUGGUGAGUAGGAUUAAUGCUUUUAAUAAAAGACCUCAGAAACCUCUCUAAUCUUCUUUACAUAACAAGAGGAUACAAGGAGAAUUUGAGUCUACAACCUGCAGGAGAUCCUCACCAGAGCCCAACCAUGCUGGCGUCUGAUAACUUUCUGUUUAUAACUCAUAGAGUCUAUGGAACUAAGAACAGAGGGAAAGAUAGCUGGUCAUUAGCACUGAAAAUAACAGAAAAUGAUUUAUAAUGUUGUUGCAUAAUAUAUUGCAACUUGGGGAAAGCAUUGCUAAACCGGUGGGCAGGUAAAAAUGUAUUGAAUAGAGAAUUAAGGGAAAAUGGAAAUCACAACAGAAAAGCAAUCACAGGAAUUAGCUUUUAUUCUGAGAGCUUAUAAUAAACCAUGGGACAGUUAGUUUCUGUUUUGAUGUUGUUAUGGAGCUGGGAAACACAAAGUUUCAGGGUCACCUAACCUGAAAGGGAAAUGCAAGUUCUCUUUUUAAAAUUGAGAUCCCCCAAAUAUUACAAGUUCAUACAAAAAAUAAGAAAGCCUCCCAUGAAACAUUUUUACCCACAGAUAAGUUCUCAUUUAUAUUUACAGCCCAAGUCUGGGCUAACAGUGAAGUCCAAAAGUAUGGCAGUCAAAUAAUUUAAUUGAAGUAGUUCAAGGUUAAUAAUAUCCUGACUACUAACAAUACCAAUAUUUUCUGAAGGAAAAUAACUUCAAUCAGUUCUCAGAGAACUUUGACAACCUACCAAAUUCCUCAAACAGAAAUAUAAAAUUACAAAAGGUGGAAAUUAAGGAUGGGAGGUUGGAGAGAGAAGGGGGAGACAACAAAUAUGGUAAUAGUUUAAUAUUCAAGUAAUAUGGGUGAAGGGUCUUGAAAGUCUGAAAUCAUAUCAAAAUAAAGAGCUAAAAUAACCAAAUUGAUGUCAUCCUUGAAAACUUUCUCAUAUACAAUAUGCCCAAUACAUCAGCAAAUUCAAGUCUCUCUCUUUCUCUCAUUCUCUCACACACAUACACACACACACAAACAAACACACACACACAUUCAUAUGUGCACACAAUUCAUAUAUGUACACAAUUACAAAUUCAUAUGUGUACACAAUAUAGCAAUAUAUUUUGGCCAAUAUCACUCCUCAGCACUUGCCCUGGCAAUGAGUUUUGACAAGUUCAAGAGAAAUACUAUUAAAUCCUGACUUCUAAUAUUUCUACUAAGGAGUUAGCUUCUUAGUUUAUUAUUGUUUCUCCUCUUCUGGCUACUAUUAAGAUUUUCUCUUAUGGUAGUAUGCUCAUUUUAAGUCCUUUAGGU